AUGGCCUCCGCUCUCUUCUUCCUCGACCUCAAAGGCAAGACACUACUAGCACGAAACUACCGCGGCGAUAUCCCCAUGAGCGCCGUAGAAAAGUUCCCCAUCCUGCUCUCCGACGCCGAAGAAGAGUCCUCCAGCACCCCACCCUGCAUGACAAGCGAAGGAAUCAACUACCUCUACAUCCGGCACAACAAUCUUUACCUCCUCGCGCUGACAAAACGCAACUCCAACGCGGCCGAGAUCCUAUUAUUCCUGCACCGCGUGGUAGAAGUCUUCACAGAAUACUUCAAAGAGCUCGAGGAAGAGAGUAUCCGCGACAACUUCGUCGUCAUCUACGAACUCCUAGACGAAAUGAUGGACUUCGGCUACCCCCAAACCACUGAAACCAAGAUCCUCCAAGAAUACAUCACGCAAGAAAGCCACAAACUUGAUGUUCAAGCCCAAGCUCGCGCCCCCAUAGCCGUAACCAACGCCGUCUCCUGGCGCAGCGAAGGCAUCCGCUACCGCAAGAAUGAAGUCUUCCUUGAUGUUGUCGAGUCUCUGAAUCUCCUCGUCUCAUCCACCGGCUCAGUCCUCAGGUCAGAGAUUUUGGGAGCUGUGAAAAUGAAAUGCUACCUCUCCGGCAUGCCGGAACUACGGUUAGGACUAAACGACAAAGUCAUGUUCGAAACGACGGGUCGGACAUCAAGAGGCAAAAGCGUAGAAAUGGAAGACGUGAAAUUCCACCAAUGUGUCCGGCUCUCGCGCUUCGAAAACGACCGCACAAUCUCCUUCAUCCCACCUGACGGCGAGUUCGAGUUGAUGUCCUAUCGUCUAAAUACGCAAGUGAAACCCUUGAUCUGGGUGGAAUGCGUGGUGGAGUCGCACUCGGGGAGUCGGAUAGAAUAUAUGCUCAAAGCCCGCGCGCAAUUCAAACGCCGCUCCACAGCGAACAACGUCGAAAUCCACAUCCCCGUCCCCGAUGAUGCAGAUACGCCGCGCUUUCGCACGAACGUGGGGAGUGUACACUACGCCCCUGAAAGUAGUGAGAUCGUGUGGAAGAUCAAGCAGUUUGGGGGUGGGAAGGAGUUUCUCAUGCGGGCGGAGCUGGGUCUACCGUCAGUUCGAGGCGAUGAGGAGAGAGGGGGUGGGAUGAUGGGCGGGUUUGGCGGAAGCAUGGGUGGGGUGGGGGGUGGGAGUAAAGCGAAGCGGCCGAUUAACGUGAAGUUUGAGAUCCCUUAUUUCACUACUUCGGGGAUUCAGGUGAGGUAUCUGAAGAUUAUUGAGCCGAAGUUGCAAUAUCCUUCUUUGCCUUGGGUGAGGUAUAUCACCCAGUCGGGCGAUAUUGCGGUCAGGUUACCUGAUGUACCGGAGGAUAGGCCACGGCCUAGGUAG